AUGGUAAAUUACGCGCGAAACGUACGUUCGCGAAAAAAAGGCGCCUACGCGGGCGGCGUGGAGUCGAAGAUCAAUAUUUUUGGCGGCAAAUGGGUCGAGUUCUGUAAGAGGACGGACCUCCAUGGUUUCAAGUACAUCGUAAUGGAGGAGCUUAAUGAUGUGGAGAGAGGAUGCUGGGCUCUUGCCGUUGGGCUGAGCGUCAUUUGUGCAGCUUACUUUAUCAUCGUCGCUUACAGGUGGUAUGCGAGGAACCCUAUUGUCACCUUGUCACCAAUAAAGUCGUGCAGCGAUAUCUUGGAACGUUGUAUGUGGAAGAACGUUAUGUACCAUUGCGAACUGCUGUUCAAGCCGAUUUUUACGGUCUUCAACAUUUGCUGCACCUUCAACUACUACGCCGUGGAGGAAAGAGAGUAUGAUCAUAAAUCUAAUAUCACGCAUAGUUACCAGCCGCGGCACGUCGCGUCCUGUGGUCACCAAACUGCCCUCAGAGUGCUCCUCAGAACUAAACAAGAUGACUCCUACAGUACAAGCAUGGCCAGUACGGGAUCUCUUGUAUUGAUAGACAACGCUAACAACAUACCUGAUAUGAACUCUCCGUUUCGUUUGAUCAAUCCCUCAACGGAGCUCCUCGUAGCUAUGUCUCCCGAACGCACGUACACAACACAAGGGGUUAAAUCCUUUACUACAAAAGAGAGGCAAUGCUACUACCACGACGAGGUAAAAAUUGGUGAUUUCCGCCAAUACUCGUUUCAUAACUGCAUAGCCUAUCAAAAUAUUGAUGUCAUUCAAAAAUCAUGCAAUUGCGUACCGUACUAUUUCCCUAUGCGAAACAGAGAUUUAAGUCACGUGUGCAAUUUUCGAGACAUGGAGUGUUUAGAGGAAGUUUUAAAGCCCAAAGAAGUGGAGCAGAUGCCUAAUUCUUUUUCUGAGGAAAAUGUGCAGUGUUUACCGGAGUGUGAACAUUACGACUAUCCAUUGGAAACGGCUCAAGGAAAUCUCGCCACCGGUUUAACAUUCAAUGGAUUGUCAUUUACCGCUAACGUGAAUUUGUAUAAUCACUCCGUUCUCAACGUGUUCUUUAACGACCUCGUGUCAACUAGAUAUCGCCGAGAUGUGUACUUGAACUGGCAGAAUGUUCUCGCGGCGUUUGGGGGAUUACUCAGCCUGAUGAUUGGAUUCACGCUUAUAUCCGGUUUCGACUUUGCACUGUUCCUGACGUUCAGGGUGUUUUGCGACUCGGUCAAGUGGAAGUUAUCAUGUGCUGGUGAGAGAUCCAAGGAGAAGCGUAAACUGUCCAAGAGUUCCGUAAUACAAGUAGCCGAUUACAAGACGGCCGCAAUUAGGAGCAAUAUGAAAGACGACGUUGUUAAACGGCGUUCAAUUUAUCAAAAUCCAAUUAAAUAU